CAACGGAGAAUUUGUUUUGCUUUCGUGUGUACAAGCAGCAAAUUCACGGAAAAGUGAUGCCCGUGUGAAAACAGAACGUAUUUAAAGAAAACCAAAUCACCAACAAUCCAAACCAAGGAUGAGUAAAACGCGAAACGUACGACUGUGGUCACGGGAAGAAACGCUCACCCUGCUGGACAUCCUUCGAACGUCGUGCAUCAGCUUUCUGGAUGGUACGCGUAGCAAUCGGAAGGGUGAAAUGUAUCGAUACAUCGAGGAAGAACUACGCAACCGCGACCCCAAUACGAUACGCGAUGCACGACAGAUCGAGAACAAGUGGAAAAACCUCAAGCAUGGCUACGAAAAGCACAAGCAGGAGCAGGAGAUGGGCCUGGCAAGCACCAAAUCGUACGAGUAUCUAACAGAGCUGGAAGAUCUGUUCCUAUUGAUUGCCAAUCGCAGCCUGAUGCUGCAUACGACGAACGUUGAAACGAUCACCAACGCGGAAGCCUAUGUUCGUUCCACUCACGCAGAAGAUGGACUGUUGGUUGAAGAAUCACAGGACUACUCGAUGGACGAGGACGCGGUGGUCAUCGAAGAGAUUGUGUGCGACUCACAGGAUGCUCUCGAUUUCGGUAAGUUGUAUGGUUCCAAAGGACCACAUACCAAACCAACGCAAUCUACUCAUUCACUUUCUGGUCGAUUUCUUACAGAAGCCACCGUGGUAGCCAGCACCAGCGCGAAAGCCAAUCCAAGGCGUAAGAAACUCACGUCGGAAAACAUGGACGCACUGCUACAGAAGGUCACCACCAUGCAGAAGGAAACCGACGAAGCCUUCAUCCGCAAGCAGAUGGAGCUAAUCGAGAACGAGUUCGAGGGGUUCCGGGAGAAGGAGAAGGAGCACUGGGCGCAGCUAAAGCUCGACCUCGAGGAGCUGAAGGAAAAGUACCUGGACCGGAUACAGAAGGUCGCCCGGGGCGACGCGUUCCACGACCCGGCCGAAGAAACGGUUGGCAACGAAACCAAACGGCGUAGGACGGUCGGCGGUUUGGCCAGUAGAAGAAAAUAAGGGGAGCAGCGGGAACAGGAGAUGGAUAAUUUUGGAUUUUUUUCUUUUACUGUGUACUAAUUAGCGUUAGGUAAGCAUUUAGCACUGAUAGGAUUUCUCUUUGUAUGAUAUAAAUAAUUGGGAUUUUAUCGUUUAAUCUGAGAAUUAUAAAAAUAAAGAUAAAGAGCGUUAAGAACUUGGA